AUGGCGACCCUCUCACCCGCCGAAAAUCCUCCAUCUCCCGUCCCUCAUGUUCCUAUCCCGAAGAAUGGCGUUGAUUACAGAGGCAAGGUUGUACUUGCGCCGAUGGUACGGUCAGGAGAAUUGCCCUCCCGCUUGUUAGCUCUGAAGUACGGCGCAGACCUCGUCUGGGGACCAGAAACAGUUGACCGGUCCAUGAUUGGCACAACUGAGCGCACAAAUCCUCGUACGGGGUGUAUAGAAUGGAGUCGGAACUCAAAUAAUCAGAAUCCAGAUGGCCUCGAGAAGGAUUCUGUCAUUUUCCGCAUUGACCCCAAGAGGGAGUCGGAUAGACUGAUCUAUCAGAUCGGCACGGCCAACCCUGACUAUGCAGUACAGGCGGCGACGUUGAUCGCACCAUAUGUGCGUGGCGUUGAUGUGAAUGCAGGCUGUCCGAAACCCUUUUCUACAUCUGGUGGCAUGGGGGCUGCUCUACUCAGAACACCGGACAAGUUAUGCGAAAUCUUGACUUCGCUGGUGACGAAGGUGGGGAUCCCGCACGAAAUUGGCAUCAGUGUAAAGAUCAGACUGCUCGAAACGCCAGAAUUGACAUCGACUCUGGUCAACAAACUCUGCAAGACUGGGAUAGCUGGCCUGACUAUACAUUGCCGGACGACACCCAUGAGGCCGAGAGAACGUGCUAUUCGCGAGCAACUGCGGAUGAUUGGCGAUAUCUGCAGAAGCCAUGGUGUUGCUUGCUUGAUGAACGGAGAUGUUACAUCCCGUGAUCAAGGGCUCGCUCUUGCAAAGGAAUAUGGCGUGGAUGGGGCAAUGAUUGCAACAGCUGCCGAAGCGAACUCAUCAGUUUUUCGAUCUGAGGAGCAGGGUGGCCUUGCCCAUUGGGAGGAAGUGGUUAAAGAAUACAUGAAGCUCGCGAUCAGCGUCGAAAACAGAUACAGGAACACGAAGUUUCUAUUGUCCCAACUUAUGCCCGGAAAGAAUCCCAAAUACCAGCGCAUUCAGAUGUCGAAGAGCUACAGCGAAGCGUUGGCCAUCUUGGAGAUCACGGACUCAGAGCUUGUGGAAAGCGCAAAAAAUGUCGAUCAUGUCUUGCAACUUGACCUCCCGAGAAUGACCAAGGCAGACAUGAAGCGGCUCAACAAGCAACAGGCAAAGGAGAAUCAAGCGAAGAACAAAGAGAAAAAAAGAGCUCUGGAGCAGAAUCACGAUCGGGGCACGGAAGAUCGAAGCCCAAGCCAGGAACGGACGAAAAAGCAGAAGGCAGAAAUAGCCGCAGAAAAUGCUGGGUUUGAAGGUUUCGGGCAGGGUGCCAUGGCUGUUGCGGUCUGA